AUGCCAGCUUCUAGAAAAAUUCGGCAACUUCGUCGCUCCAAGCAGGGUCGUCCUUCGGGCCCCAUUAAACCAGUUCAUGCGGAGGGUGCAGAAGAACCGCAAGAGUUAACAGGAGCUGCUGCGUACCCAGGUUAUUUACUUUCCUUCACACAGAAGCAUCAAACGGAUGACAGUGAUGUCCUUCGAACGGAUGAGGGUAGGUGA